AUGGAGUACGAACGGCGACUUGAAUCGGCGGCGAAAAUUAUACUCGCGGAGGAGUCGAAAGCAACCCACGCGCCUCCGGAUUGUAGAGAAUUCGGUGUCACGGCGACUCUAAAGCCUCACCAAGUCGAAGGAGUUUCUUGGCUUAUACACAAAUAUCUACUCGGCGUCAAUGUCGUUCUCGGAGAUGAGAUGGGAUUGGGAAAGACUCUUCAAGCAAUUUCUUUCCUCAGUUAUUUGAAGUUUCAUCAAAAACUGGCAGGGCCAUUUCUGGUGCUGUGUCCGUUAAGCGUAACGGAUGGUUGGGUAUCAGAGAUAAGUAGAUUCACUCCAAAACUUGAAGUUCUUAGGUAUGUUGGUGAUAAGGAUUGUCGUCGGAGUUUGCGUAAGUCAAUGUAUGAUCAUGUCAAGAAGAGUUCUUCUAAGGGAUCUUUAUUACCGUUUGAUGUGUUGUUGACAACAUAUGACAUAGCAUUGAUGGAUCAAGACUUUCUUUCUCAAAUUCCUUGGCAGUAUGCUGUAAUUGAUGAAGCUCAAAGACUCAAGAAUCCCAACAGUGUUCUGUACAAUGUCUUACUAGACCAAUUCCUCAUUCCACGACGUCUCUUGAUUACUGGCACACCUAUUCAAAACAAUCUUACGGAACUUUGGGCUCUGAUGCAUUUUUGCAUGCCACUAGUUUUUGGGACACUGGACCAGUUCCUUCUCGCAUUCAAAGAGACUGGGGAAUUUUUAUCAGGUUUUGAUGCAGCAAAUGUCAAGGAAACAUAUAAGAGUUUGAAAUUUAUCUUAGGUGCCUUUAUGCUAAGGCGUACAAAAUCUUUGCUCAUCGAGUCUGGGAAUCUGGUGUUGCCACCUCUCACGGAGCUAACUGUAAUGGUUCCGCUCGUCAGUCUUCAAAAGAAGGUAUAUACUUCAAUAUUGAGGAAAGAGCUUCCAGGGCUUCUCGCACUGUCUUCCGGAGCAUCCAAUCCUACGUCUUUGCAAAAUAUUGUGAUACAGCUAAGAAAAGCAUGUAGCCACCCUUACUUAUUUCCAGGUAUUGAACCAGAACCUUUUGAAGAGGGUGAACACAUUGUUCAGGCGAGUGGUAAGCUUUUAGUUUUGGAUCAACUGCUAAAGAGGCUCCAUGAGAUUGGACAUCGUGUACUCCUAUUUUCUCAAAUGACCUCUACACUUGACAUUUUGCAGGAUUUUAUGGAGCUUCGUAGAUAUUCUUAUGAGCGCCUUGAUGGAUCAGUACGGGCUGAAGAACGUUUUGCUGCCAUAAAGAAGUUCAGUGCGAAAACAGAAAGAGGAUUGGAUUCUGAAGCUGAUGCAAGCAAUGCCUUUGUUUUCAUGAUCUCAACAAGAGCAGGGGGAGUCGGUUUGAAUCUUGUUGCUGCUGACACUGUUAUAUUUUAUGAACAAGAUUGGAACCCGCAAGUAGAUAAGCAAGCUUUGCAACGAGCUCAUCGGAUUGGACAAAUCAGUCACGUGCUGUCUAUAAACCUCGUUACUGAACAUACUGUCGAAGAGGUUAUUUUGCGGAGGGCAGAGCGAAAGUUGCAGCUUAGCCAUAAUGUUGUGGGAGAUAAUUUGGAAGAGAAAGAAGAAGAUCGCGGUGAUUUGCGGUCUCUAGUGUUUGGUUUACAAAGAUUUGAUCCUGAGGAGAUUCGAAAUGAAGAAUCUGAUAACCUGAAAAUGGUGGAAAUAAGUUCUCUUGCUGAGAAAGUUGUUGCAAUACGUCAAAACGUUGAACUGGAUAACGAAGCAAGAAAGUUUGAAAUGAAUUCGAGUGACACUUUACGAGGAAAUUUGUCAUCUGCAAGUCUAAAUGCCGAGCUUGAUGAAGCUUCAUACCUUUCGUGGGUUGAGAAAUUGAAGGAAGCAGCUCGGUCAAGCAAGGAUGACCAAAUUCUGGAGUUGGGUAACAGAAAGAACAUAUCUGAAGAAAGACAUCUGAGAGUUGAGGCAGCCAGGAAAAAGGCCGAAGAGAAGAAGUUAGCCAAUUGGGAAGCACACGGUUAUCUGUCUUUGUCUGUAGAAGAUCCGGUUUUCCCUGAUGAUGUUGAUUCCAGGUCCGAUGCAGGAUCUGUUCACUUCGUUUAUGGAGACUGUACGCAUCCAUCAACCGUCUCUCAGGAGCCAGCAAUCAUAUUCAGCUGUGUUGAUGACUCUGGAAACUGGGGACGUGGAGGAAUGUUUGAUGCACUGUCAAAAGUUUCUAACACCGUACCUGAUGCGUAUCAUCGCGCAUCUGAAUUUAAAGACCUUCAUCUUGGAGACCUGCAUCUCAUUAAAAUUGAUGACAAUGAUGAUGAAGAAAACACAGAAGAAAGCAAAUCUCUUUGGGUGGCACUUGCAGUUACACAAUCUUAUUACCCGAGGCGUAAAGUCCCUCGUAGUAGCAUUUUAAUUCCAGACCUUGAACGUUGCUUAGCCAAAGCUUCAUUCGCUGCUUCUCAGAACUCAGCUUCGCUACACAUGCCACGUAUCGGUUACCAAGACGGAUCAGAUCGAUCUCAAUGGUACACCGUUGAGCGUCUUCUCCGCAAAUACUCGUCCAUUUUCGCCGUGAAAAUAUUCGUGUGGGUCAUUGUUGUGCAUAUGUUUCGUUUUGAUCCGACGUUCUUAAAGCUCCAGAAAUUGAUCAGAAUGGGAGAAGCUGGUCAAGCCAGAGACGGAGAAUCUAUCAUGCCUCUUGUUGGCGGUGGGACUGGGGACAAUGGGGUUCCACCACAAAUGUUUAAUUCUUUACCAGCUCUCAAUGAAGCUACUUCUUAUAUAACCCAAGCAACGUCUUACUUGGGCAGCUGUUUUUCUGACUAUUCAGUGGAAUAUGGUGGUAAGGAUUCGUGUAAUUCUAUUUCCCAACCCCAUGAAUUGCUACGGACAACAUCAGGAGUUGACGGGAAUUCCCCAGUAAGCGUAUGCAUUUCUCCUGGUGAAAGGUGUUCAACUUCUUCAGAGGCAUCUACAUCUGCAGAAAGCCCAUCAAGGGAAUCUACAGAGUCUCUGCCGCAGGCAACAAAUGCAAUAGUGACAUGGAAUCGCUUAAAUUUAAAUGGAGCUUCAAUGUUCCAAGGGCUCAUUGAGCGGGCACGGAGGACUGUCCGUGGCUCGGCAGAUGACAUAGGAUGGUUACAGCGCGACGCAGAGAUGCCUCCUGUUGAAGAUGGAACUGAUAGGUUCAAUUAUAUUCUGGAUGAGAUAGGGCAUGGUGUACACAGGCUUCCAAAUACAGUGGUGUACUUGUUGGUCCCAGGUCUUUUCAGCAAUCAUGGACCUCUAUAUUUUGUGGAUACGAAAACGAAAUUCUCAAAGAUGGGUUUGGCCUGUCAUAUUGCGAAGAUCCACAGCGAGUCUUCGGUUGAGAAAAAUGCGAAAGAGAUAAAGGAAUACAUAGAGGAACUCUGUUGGGGAUCUAAUAAAAAAGUUCUACUUCUCGGGCAUAGCAAAGGAGGUAUAGAUGCAGCUGCUGCUUUAUCUCUGUACUGGCCUGAUCUAAAGGAUAAGGUCGCUGGCUUGGUAUUGGCACAGAGUCCAUAUGGUGGAAGCCCUAUAGCCACAGAUAUUCUCCGAGAAGGACAACUCGGUGAUUAUGUCAAUUUGAGAAAGCUCAUGGAGAUUAUGAUCUCCAAAGUCAUAAAGGGUGAUAUUCAAGCUUUGGAAGAUUUAACAUACGAGAGAAGAAAAGAGUUCUUGAAGAAUCAUCCGCUUCCUCGUGAACUCCCCACGGUUUCAUUCCGCACAGAAGCUAGCAUAAGCCCAGCCGUUCUCGCCACUUUAUCACAUGUCGCACACGCUGAACUUCCUCUCACAAACCAAGCCACAAAACUCCCAGUGGUAAUGCCACUUGGUGCUGCAAUGGCUGCUUGCGCUCAGCUACUUCAAGUCAGAUAUGGCGAAAAGAGUGACGGUCUCGUGACUUGCUGCGACGCAGAGGUUCCUGGUUCAGUGGUUGUUAGACCCAAACGUAAACUAGACCAUGCCUGGAUGGUUUACUCUUCCUUGAACGAGGCUGCUUUAGAAGCUGAUGCUGCUCAAGUUUGUGAAGCUCUCUUGACAUUACUUGUCCAAGUUGAAGAAGAGAAGCAACGUAAUACCAAGAACGAUUGA